UACACGCAUACAUCAGCAACUGAGAGGACAGUAGUCAUCGUUCUGUCGUGUAUAGCUGUAUUCUGUCUCACAUCGACUUAAUCUUCCUUCUGAUCCAGUCAUAAGAUGGAGUUGAUAUACUUUCCAUUGAAAGGCCGAGGUGAGGUGAUCAGACUGCUUAUGAUCGAAAAUGAUGUCAGCUACACUGAAACAAAUUGUGGAAAUAAUUGGAUGACUGAAUGGAAGCCAAAAAUGGCCUUUGGACAAGCACCUUGCCUGAAAGAUGGCAGUUUGACACUUGUUCAAUCAAACGCAAUCAUCAGACACCUUGCCAGAAAAUUUAAUUUGUAUGGAGCUAAUGAGGCGGAGGCUUGUCAGGCAGAUAUUGUAAGUGACAGCGUAGAGGACCUCCGCGGUGCUUAUGUGAAUCUUAUCUACAAGAAUUAUGAGGCUGGUAAGGAGGAUUAUAUUAAGGCACUUCCUGAAAAACUACGUCUUUUUGAGAAUUUCAUCAAAGACAAGUCACCCUACAUCCUUGGAGAAAACAUAUGUUUUGCGGAUUACUGCCUUUUUGAUCUCCUGGACAUUCAUUUGGUUCUGGCACCAUCAUGUCUCGAUAGUUUUCCAGCUCUGAAGGCAUUGUAUGCUGCCGUAGGGUCACGUCCCAAGGUCAAAGCUCACAGGGAAUCAGACGCAUUCAAAGCAAUGCCAAUUAAUGGCAAUGGCAAACAGUAGACAUUCCCUGCUUAACAACGAAAAAGGAGUCAUAGACUCAGCUGCCAACAAUGGUUGUAGUUUUAGCUGCCAACAAUGGUUGUAGUUUUGGCUGUCAACAAUGGUUGUAGUUUUAGCUGUCAACAAUGGUUGUAGUUUUAGCUGCCAACAAUGGUUGUAAUUUAGCUGUCAACAAUGGUUGUAGUUUUAGCUGCCAACAAUGGUUGUAGUUUUAGCUGCAAACAAUGGUUGUAGUUUUAGCUGCCAACAAUGGUUGUAAUUUUAGCUGCCAAUAGUGAUUGUAGUUUUAGCUGCCAACAAUGGUUGUAGUUUUAGCUGCCAAUAAUGGUUGUAGUUUUAGCUGCCAACAAUGGUUGUAGUUUUAGCUGCCAACAAUGGUUGUAGUUUUAGCUGCCAAUAGUGGUUGUAGUUUUAGCUGCCAACAAAGGUUGUAGUUUUAGCUGCCAACAAUGGUUGUAGUUUUAGCUGCCAAUAAUGGUUGUAGUUUUAGCUGCCAACAGUGGUUGUAGUUUUAGCUGCCAACAAUGGUUGUAGUUUUAGCUGCAAACAAUGGUUGAAGUUUUAGCUGCCAACAAUGGUUGUAGUUUUGUUCAAAGUUGUAUAAUCAGAUUAAUACAUAUGUACUGCCUGUAUGUCCUAAUAAAGUGUUUCCUUGGUAUAUAUAACUAAUGGUAGAUAAUAUUUUUUCAAUCAGAAAUUUUUGUAUACUUUUUCUGGAUGCCAAGCAAGUGCUUUUAAUGUUUUUCAAAACACCACAACUUAAAGGACAUUGGACACGAUUUUUCAUAAUCCUGUAUUUUCUUUUUAUCUGAUGCAAAGGCUCUGCUCAAGAAGGAACAGAGGCUUUUUGAAAGUUAAACUUCACAUUCUGUAAAGCAAUUGACAAUCUUACCUCUAAAAAAGGGCAGAGGUGAUGCAAUUAAGGUAUAACUUUGGAUUGUCGGGUGGCACAGUGGUGAGACACUUGCCUUUACCAGGGGCAGACGGGGUUCAGUUCCCCAGUUGGAUGUGACAAGGUAUUUGGUCACCUCCCAAUCACGUAGAUUUUCCCCAAAAUACUCUGCUGCACCACAAAAAUACUCCACAUGUUUCAUUUCAGGCUAAAAAGUGAUGGCUUGUUUCACUUUUGUUGUAAAAUACAUAAAUAUUUUAGUGCUUAACACUAUUUUAGUGGUUCUCAUAUUUGAGUUUGAUUACCUUGGCACACUAAUUUGCAGUUUGGGUUUGUUUCUAUUAUAACAAUUUUUGUUGAUAUGCACUUUACUAUUUUGCUAUUUUGUCGAAAAGGACAAUGUGGAAAAAUUACUUGUGUCUUAUUAAGUAUGAUUAAACUAUAUAAAUAGUUAUUACUUUUUCAGCAAUGUCAAUGGGUUGUAUUUAGAUAAGUUCUGCAGUCAAACAUAACACUGUAAUAAUCGAGAUACCAAAAUUGAAUAGUGCUUAUUUGGUUGUGCCAGUACCUAGCCAGUACUUUUGUUGAUAAUAUGGUCAAUGUCUUCUUUUUGUCAAUAAUUUGGUCAGUAACUAAGAUGUUCAUUACAAAGUUACUUUUUGUCUUGUUUCUUUUUAUAACCAGACUCCCCAUAGUCCCAUAGACUCUAAACUGACGAUAUUACUGUUUCUUAUAAUACACAUAUUUUUUUACAUACAUUUUCCACCCACAUUGGUACUGGUAAUGAUAUUACAGAAACAUAAUGGUUGUUAUUUCAAUUUCAAAAUUUUGAAUACUUUUGCUUUGGCAAUUUUUUUUAAAAUAAGAGAAUCAAAGUUGAGAGGUUAAAAAAGCAGAGUAAAUGAUCAUUAAUAAUUUUGAUGCUUUUCUGUCAUUAUUAAUGGGUUGUAUUAUGUAACAUAGAUGAAAAUAUCCUAUUGUUGUUAAAAAAAUUAUUCCGGUCAAUUAGAUAUAUGUGUAUAAUACUGAUCAUAGAUCAGUUUGAGAUUUGAUAUUUCAUGAAAUACCUCUUGAUUUGCUUAUGUUGUCUUACCACAAAGCUUCCACUGUUACUAAAAAUAAAAAGAUAUUAAAUUUCAA